GUUGGUGACAACACUUUUUUUCUUGUUUAGUGAUGGCGCCUGAGAUCAACGCGGUGUGGUGGGCCAUUUGCUCCGUUUUAUCGAUAAAAGUCGGGGUUCGAUCGCACGAGCAAAUCAGUCGCAUAAACACCUUUCGAUAACACACACACACUUUGAGCUUGAACAAUUUGAAAAUGGCGGUGGUGAAUCAGCAGUUGGAAGAUGAUAUCAACCAUGGAUCAGGAGGGAGCACAACUUCAAUUGAUGAUAUCGCUAGGGUUAAUGCUUCAAAAGAGGCGGAAAUAGAGCGGUUGAUUCGCCUAUACCUUAAAAUUAUGUGGCCUACGAUUCAUGCCAAUUCUGAAGAUGAUAACAACCAUGGAGCAGGAGCAGGAGCAAGGACAAGUUUAGUUGAUGAACUCGCAAGGGUUACGGCUUCAACAAAGGCGGAAAUGGAGCAAGUGGUCAACUUAUGUAAGGGAACUUUAUGGCCUAUAAUUUCUGCAGAUAUCAACACAAUGCAGCAAAAAUUUCUUUCGGUGAUAAAAGAGAAAUCUGGCUUGGAUCUGUUGAGGGGCAUGACAUGGAAUUCUGGUAAUACAGCAAGUACUUCAGGAUCAUCGGUUUUCCAAUUUCAAUUCUCAAAUGGAAUCUCAACACCAGUUUCUACAGGCAAGAAUAUUGAAGGAAAAGACAAUAAACCCUUUGUAGUAACUUUGGUUGAUCAAAACUCAGGGCAGAUUGUGAAGACCGGGGCUGAGUCUGCAACAGAAAUUGAAAUAAUAGCUCUUGAGGGUGAUUGUGAUGAUUUUGAAACAGAGAAUUGGACUUCUUGUGAAUUUAACAAUAAGAUCAUCCAUGAAUGGAAUGGAAAGAAAGUACUUCAAGGAAACACUUCCCUAAAACUAAAAGAAGGUAUUGUUUACGUAAAUAAGAUUUCAUUUACACACAAUUCAACCUGGAAGGGAAAGAGAAAGUGUAGGCUGGGUGCAAGGUCAAAGGAUGCUGUUUUUGGCACUUGGGUAAAAGAAGCAAAAACAGAAUCCUUUCUCCUUAAAGACAAGCGCAAUUUCAAGUACAACAAGCAUGAGAAUCCAUCCUCAUCCGAUGAAGUGUAUCGAUUACAUGGGAUCAACCAUCGUAGUGAUUGCUCUAAACGUUUGAUAAAAGAAAACAUAAAAACUGUGAUGGACCUCCGUACUCUCAAUGCAAUUAAUCCAGAGAAGCUCAAAGAUAUACUUAAGGUUCGUCCUAACGACUGGAAGAUCAUCAUGAACAAUGCAGAGAAGUGUAAGGAUGAUAAUGGGAUAUACUUGUACCUUAAUUCAAGAGAUGAUCAAAACAAACAUGGUGUGGUUUUUAAUGUUUAUGGACAUUUGUUGGGAUUAGUUUCCGAUUCUAUAUUCCUUCCUUUCUAUAAGCUUUCCAGCGAAAAAAAGGCUGAUGGUGAAAAGCUGAUAGUAUCAGCAUCUGAACAGUGGAGGGAAGUCGUCUUUUUCGAAGAUGAGGCUGCUCUGAUUAACCAUCUUCAGCCACCCACCAGUACCACCCUGAACUCACUCCCUAAUGGCCUUCUUAACUUGGUGAUUCCUCAGAAAAACAAUCACACAGGCCUUAUUACAACCAUCGAGAACCACAACCACUGGAAAAAUAAUACUAUUGUUGGACUAACCGGUCAAUCAAGUCAAAGCCCCAAACGGCCUGCAUCUGAAUUUGAACAUGUUAUCUCAAAUUACUCCCCUAAAAAGCCCAGAGAUGAUAUGGAUACCGAGGAUGAAGAUUAUAUGCAGUAUCUUAAUUUCUCACAUGCACAAAAAUGGAAGACUGUGUGGUGUGUGGUAGGAUGGAUUUCCAUCUUCUCAAAAGUACGCAGUCUAUCAAUUGCGACAAAUGGUCAUUCCAGCCCAAUCCAGCACAUGCAGAUUUAGAGAAUCUGGUUUGUAAAUUGUAAUAUGAGGUGCUUUUUAAAUGGCUAAGCGUACGUAGAGAGGUGGGCCUUAUAGUCGUUUAUGAUUGAAUGGUGAUUGGGUUACCCUUUUUAUAAAUAAUUUCCGACCCUUGCAAACUUGAGGAGUUGAUGGCUG